AUGACAAGCAAUACGAUCGCUUCGAUCAUCAUCGAGUGCAAGACCCAGGAGCAGCUGGACGAGAUUAUCAACGGCAACAGGAGAGUGGUCGUUCUCUACUACAGCUACGCCAUGCCUUGGGGCAAGAUCGCGGAGCACAAUAUGCACGUAUGUGCACGAUCACUCGAGAAAGGCAACAUCACCACCAUCCCCUUUGUCCUGGUCAACUACGCCGAAUUCUACGAGUGCGGAAGCAAAGUCGAGGUCCUCCCAACGACCAUGAUCCGCUAUGCCGCCUAUGUCGAGGGUCGAGAGCACCAGAGCACUGGAAAUAGUGCAGAGCUCGAGGGCUUAGUCACCGGUAUCCUGUAA